CUGUUGGGACUGAAGCCUCUGCUGCCGUCUGUCUCUCUCUGUGUCCCUGCUCCGGACAGACACCGAGGCUUCCUGCUGGAUCUCUGCCUCUCUGCCUGUCUCUCCUCUGGAUCUGGAGCUCUGCAGCGUCCAGCAGCAGAUGGAGGUCUGCUCCCGCCUCGCUCCGGCUCACCGCCCAGGAGCUCUGCACCUCCUCGACUAGUUUCCUCAGAGUUCUUCUUCCACCUGUGCAGAGGGGGACACAGAUCUGUCACUCUGCUGUCACUCUCAGGAUAUCCCCUUCCCUCUUUCUAGGGUUUCAUAAUGCACCAGGAGCUCGUUCAGAGGCCGGGCUGGAUUUCAUCCCGCUGCUUUCUCCUCGUUUGAGAAUAUGGAGGAGUAAUGAGCUGCUACAGCGCGGGGUCAUGGAAACAACCAGAGGUCACAGGCCGGCGCCUAACACAGCCUCCACAGGAACUUUAUAGACACAAGAUUUUUUUUAUUGUUUACCUUUUUAGCUGGGGAUUUUUUGUAUGUUUUUGUAUCUUUUGAAUUUUCAAUCAUGGGAAACGCAGCAGGAAGCAUGGAGGUGCCCCAGGGGAAGGAGGGCCGGUCUGUGGGGGCCCCUCCGGGCUCCACCGGCUCCCAGAAACGCUCCGCCAAGCUCCCGAUGCCUCCAGGAGACGAGCUGGAGCAGCGCUUCGGGGCCGUGCUGAACACGAUGAAUCUUCCUCCAGACAAGGUGAAGAUCCUCAGUCAGUACGACAACGAGAAGAAGUGGGACCUGAUCUGUGACCAGGAGCGUUUCCAGGUGAAGAAUCCUCCAUCGGCCUACCUGGAGAAGCUGAAGAGUCACCUGGACCAUGGAGGAGUCAGCAGGAAGUUUAAGAGACGAGUUCAGGAGUCGACUCAAAUCCUCCGAGAGCUGGAGAUCUCCCUCCGCACCAACCACAUCGGCUGGGCUCAGGAGUUCCUGAACGAGGAGAAUCAGGGUUUAGACGUUCUGGUGGAUUAUCUUUCCUUCGCUCACAGCGCCGUCACGUAUGACGUGGACUCUCUGGACAACGGCACGCUGCCUGGCGACAGAAGCAAAGCUGUGGACAAAUCAGUGGAAGAUCUGAGCAGAAGUGCCAGCAACUCCCCGACCCAGAGCGGCUCCAAGACCAGCAAGACCUUCACAGCCAGGAAAGUCCUGCGCAGCUCUCGAGCCGUGAGCCAGACAGACGACGUGCACCUCUGCAUCAUGUGUUUACGAGCCAUCAUGAACUAUCAGUCUGGGUUCAACCUGGUGAUGAAGCAUUCGUGCUGCGUCAACGAGAUCACAUUGAGCCUCAACAACAGAAACCCCAGGACCAAAGCUCUGGUUCUAGAGCUGCUGGCGGCCGUGUGUUUGGUGAGAGGAGGUCAUGACAUCAUCCUCUCUGCCUUUGACAACUUCAAAGAGGUUUGUGGAGAGAAAAGUCGCUUCGAGAAGCUCAUGGAGUAUUUCUGCCAUGAAGACAGCAACCUGGACUUUAUGGUGGCCUGUAUGCAGUUCAUCAACAUCGUGGUUCACUCUGUGGAAAACAUGAACUUCAGAGUUUAUCUGCAGUACGAGUUCACCCGCCACGGGCUGGACGGCUUCCUGGAGAAUCUGAAGCUGACGGAGAGCGAGCGGCUGCUGGUGCAGAUCCAGGCGUACCUGGACAAUGUGUUCGACGUCGGUGCUCUGCUGGAGGACGCAGAGACCAAGAACGCUCUGCUGGAGCACAUGGAGGAGCUGCAGGAGCACAACACACAGCUGAACUUGAGGCUGCAGGAGAACGAGAAGGAGGCGAUGGAGAAAGCGUCAGAAAUGGAGAAGAAACUCAUUCAGACCACCAAAGAAGUGGAGCUCUUAAAGGAGGGUCUGCGUGAGUCGUGCUCUCAGGUGAGCGUCCUGCAGCAGCGAGAGAGAGAGAGCGAGCUGGAGCGAGAGAGAGAGAGGGAGCGAGAGAGGGAGCGGGACCGGUCCAUGCAGGCCCUGCAGGAGCUGGAGGUCAAAGUUCAGGCUCUGGUGGAGCGAGGCCUCGUCCGGCUGCAGCACUCCUCCUCCGGUCAGCUGGAGCUCCAGGUGGUCCCCGUCAUCCAGCACGUCACACACACAGCUAAAGAAGAAACAGAUUCAGGUAAAAAGGAGGAGGAGGAGGAGGCUCCUCCCUCCUCAGACCCUCAGCCUCCUCCCUCUGAGGUUCCUCUGCAGUCAGCUACAGUUCCAGCACCUCCUCCACCUCCACCACCUCCUCCUCCUCCUCCUCCUCCUCCUCCUCCUGGUUCAGCUGGAACUCCUCCUCCUCCUCCUCCUCCCCCUCCAGCGGCUCCUCCUCCCCCGCAGCCUCCUGCAGGUGGUUUGACCCAGCCGUCAGGGGAGGGGCCUGAUGGGAGCUCAGGUUGUAAACAGAAGAAGCCGAUCCAGACUAAAUACCGUCUCCCGCUGUUGAACUGGCAGGCGUUAAAAUCCAACCAGGUGGCAGGAACCAUCUUUAACGAGCUGGACGACGAGUUCGUCCUGCAGGAGCUCAACAUGUCCUCCUUCGAGGAGCAGUUUAAGACGAAGGCCCAGUCGGCCCCUGUGGAGCUGGGGACCCUGAAGAUGAAACUGGCCCACAAGACUCCCAGUAAAGUGUCUCUGAUGGAGCCCAACAGGGCCAAGAACCUGGCCAUCACCCUGCGCAAGGAGGGCAUGGCUGCAUCAGACAUCUGCUGCGCCAUCGAGACGUACAACCAGAGGGCUCUGAGCCUGGACUUCCUGGAGCUGCUGGAGCGUUUCAUCCCCACAGAGUACGAGAUGAAGCUCAUCCACAACUACGAGUGUGAGGGCAGGCCCCUGGACGAGCUCAGCGAGGAGGACCGCUUCAUGGUGCGCUUCAGCAAGAUCCCACGGCUCUCCCAACGAAUCAGCACGCUCACCUUCAUGGGGAACUUCCCCGACAGCGUGCAGCUCAUUCAGCCCCAACUGAACGCCAUCAUCGCCGCCUCAAUGUCGAUCAAAUCUUCCAGCAAGCUGAAGAAAAUCCUGGAGAUCAUAUUGGCGUUUGGAAACUACAUGAACAGCAGCAAGCGAGGAGCAGCGUACGGCUUCCGCCUGCAGAGUUUAGACCUGCUGCUGGACACAAAAUCUACCGACAGGAAACAGACGCUGCUGCACUUCAUCGUCAACAUCAUCCAGGAGAAAUACCCUCAGCUGUGCUCCUUCUACACAGAGCUGCACUUCCUGGACAAGGCAGCCAUGGUGUCUCUGGACAGCAUCCUGCAGGACGUGCGGGCUCUGGAGCGAGGUCUGGAGGUGAGCCGGAGGGAGUUCUCUGUGGAGAAAGACAACCGUGUCCUGCAGACGUUCCUCAGCAGCAACACGGAGCUGCUGCAGGCGCUCACAGCCGACGGGAAGACCGCACAGGAUGCGUACGACUCUGCUGUGGAGUAUUUCGGAGAGAACUCUAAAACCACUCCGCCCUCCAUGUUCUUCCCCGUUUUUGUUCGCUUCAUCAAAGCCUACAAGCAAGCGGAGCAGGAGAACGAGCAGAGGAAGAGACACGGGCUGCACUGUGACGCUCCGUCCACGCCGCCCAAACACGAAGUCACCGGGAACAAGGUGUGUGUGGCGUCCAGGCUGCCUCAGGUGGAUCUGAUCGCAGAGCUGAAGAAAAGACAGACGGUGUCUCCUCUGGUGAGGGAGGGCAAGGACGGAGCCAUCGAGGACAUCAUCACAGCUCUGAAGUCUGUGCCCUUCACGGCUCGCUCUGCCAAACGCUCCUCUCGUCUCUUCUGUGACUCCGUCUUCAGUGACGAGAUUUGAGGAACCAGCCGUACAGACGGACGGACGCCGGGCGCCACAGUGCCAAGUGGAAGCCGGGCCAGAAGCUGCACGUGUCCUCAGACAUCUCCCUCUGAACUGAAGCUGCAUGCUGCAGGAUGCAGAGUGAACAUGCAUGUUUCAGGUCUCUGUGAAUUAAAAAUAAAACUUGAUAACUGUAGAAUAUCCUGUGAUGAAAUAAUCAGCUGUUACAGAGCGAUGUUAGCUGGAUGCUCGUUAAGAUAAUUACACAGAAAGUGAACCUUAAAUCUGACAGGCAGAGCUCACAAUCAGUGUGAUGGUUUCAUGAAAAAUGAUUUUUUAAUUAGAAUAUUAAUGAGCUGCUGUCCAUCUCUUCUGUCCUGUGAGAUUCAGGCUGAGGAUUUGUAAUAUAUUUAAAUUAUUUUUAAUACUGAAGUGUAAGAAUGAGAAACUUCUACUUUACUUCUGCAUUUCAACAAUAAAGAUUUU